AUGCAGAUUGUCCGACGACGAUUGCGAUUUAUGAGCAACCCAAGCAAAAAGCCUGGUAUGAACACUUCUACCCCGAAGACGGCUUGCCCUGGAACUCGAGGGCCUGGACGCUCCAGGAACGCCUAUUGUCUGCGCGGGUCCUGUAUUUCGCCAACGGACUCCACCCUCGUUCCGAAGACCGUGCUACAGGAGGUUGACGCCUAUGCGCUUAUGGGCAUGUGGUACCGCAUUGUCGCCGAUUACAGCCGCCGACGCCUGACCAAGGGACAGGACCGUCUCACGGCGAUAUCAGGCGUUGCGCGCUUCAUUGCAGAGAGAGUGAAAAGCGAGUAUUGGACUGGGCUGUGGGCGUCGGAAUUCGUCUACGGGCUCUUGUGGAAGUCGUCGUAUCCAAUCACGAAAAUAAACAAGUGGAGUACUGAUUACGACUACGAUCCUGUCAGCCAG